AUGCAACGGAACUGUCAGAAUCCAGAUCGAUUCUUUUCCGAUCGUGCGAUUCUGUCUCCAUUUAAUGUUGACGUUGCCGUCAUUAACAACAUUGUGACGGAUCAGUUACCCGGGCAGGCAAGGGAGUAUCGUUCCGUGGACACAUUGGUAAACCCGGAGGAGCAUGAACACUUGCAGAUUCCAUCCGAAUACCUGAACUCGCUCAACAUUAGCGGCAUACCACUGCAUCGCUUACGGCUGAAGCGAUCGACACCGGUGCUGUUGUUGCGAAAUCUCAAUUCCGACAUGGGACUUUGCAACGGAACGCGUCUUCAGAUUGUGGACAUGAAGACGCACUGCUUGCACGCCAAGAUAUUGACGGGCAAGCGGCGAGGAACGGACGUGCUGCUGCCACGCAUCUACUGUGACAGCAACGACAAGGGCCAACCGUUCCAAAUCCGCCGCAAACAGUUCCCGGUGCAGGUGUGCUUUGCCAUGACCAUUAAUAAAGCACAAGGACAAUUACUGAACCAUCUGGGCCUCUAUCUGCCAAAGGAUGUGUUUGGACACGGCCAGCUGUACGUGGCAGUGUCCCGCGUCACGUCACGAGCGAAUAUAGCUGUGCUGAUCGCAAAUCCUGAACACGACAAUCAAGAUGGUGUCUCAACGCGAAACAUUGUGUAUCGAGAAAUCAUUGACGAUUGA